UAUCUAAAAUCUAUGAGUAAAUUAUAAACUUUCUAUAACCAUCACGCACUGAGUACUUCUAAAGACUUUCUAGAAACCCAGCGCCUUAUUAACAUAGAGAACCGGUCACUGCCCCUCUCCUCCGGGUCUCGGAUUCACACCACCUCGGAGUCAAUCCGGCGCUCCCAGCCAUCGCGGACUUCCUCUCCCACGCCCGGCCCGCUCCCCUGUACCUGGUCCCGCAGGGGCUGUCCCGUCCCUAACCUUGCAGCCCACGUAAGUACUUGGGGGGUGAAUGAGGAAUCCGGGUGUUCCCUGCGGGGCAGCCAGUGAGAUUCUCAGCCUUUCCGGUUCGGGAAAAGGAAAGAAUGUAGGAGGGGUGGGAUUUCUUUCCCGGUAGGAUCAGUGGGGAAAGACCUCAGCCUGUGUGUCCUUCCUUUCGACCAAGGUGUCUCUGUUGCUCCAUAAAUAAAACGUCUUACUGCCUCCAGCGAGCGCUAUAAAGGCGGCGGCCCGGCCCUCCCCGGGGCAUUCCGGGCGGGGCGCGAGCCGAGGCAGGAGAUUUCAGGACGCGGACAGCGCCCUGGCUGCCCGCCCGAGGGGCCAGGGUCGAGCUCCGGAAGUCCCCAAAGCGAGCUCACUUCCUUUGGAGUCGGGGAGCCUCGAGCAGCAGGUGCAGGCCAAGGGAUCCGAAGGUCCUCAGGUGUCCCCCUGCAGGCGGGCCGUGUGUGCCGGGGGGCGGCGCGUCUCGAGCGCCGAGGGCUGCAGGACGCGGACCGAGCUCGCCGGGGUCGGCUGCAACUGGUGGGGCCGAGAGGCAGCUAACAGGUCAUGGCAGCUCCGGGCGGCAAAUCGGAGCCUCCGCAGCUCUCCGAAUACAGCUGCAGCUACGUGGUGUCGCGGCCGGUCUACAGCGAGCUCGCCUUCCAGCAACAGCACGAGCGGCGCCUGCGGGAGCGCAAGACGCUGCGGGAGAGACUGGCCAAGGGCUGCAGUUGUUCAAGAAAGAGAGCCGUUGGCGUGCUGAAAAGUCUCUUGCCCAUCUUGCAGUGGAUCCCCAAAUACCAAGUCAAGGAAUGGCUGCUUAGUGACAUCAUUUCGGGAGUUAGUACUGGGUUAGUGGGUACGCUGCAAGGAAUGGCGUAUGCCCUACUAGCUGCAGUUCCUGUUGGAUAUGGCCUCUACUCUGCUUUUUUCCCUAUCUUGACGUACUUUAUCUUUGGAACAUCAAGGCAUAUCUCAGUUGGACCUUUUCCAGUGGUCAGUUUAAUGGUGGGAUCUGUUGUUCUGAGCAUGGCCCCUGACGAAAACUUCAUGACAUCCAGCAGUAAUGAAACUGCACUAAACACUACUGUGGUAGACUCUGAGGCCAGAGAUGCAGCAAGAGUACUGAUCGCAAGCGCCCUGACUCUUUUGGUUGGAAUUCUACAGUUGAUAUUUGGAUGUUUGCGGAUUGGAUUCAUAGUGAGGUACUUGGCAGUUCCUUUGGUUGGUGGAUUCACAACAGCUGCUGCCUUCCAAGUGCUGGUCUCACAGUUAAGCAUUGUCCUCAACAUUUCAACUGAAAGUUACAAUGGAGUUCUCUCCAUUAUCUAUACCCUGAUUGAUGUUUUAAAAAAUAUUGGUAAUACCAAUCUUGCUGAUUUCAUUGCUGGAUUACUCACCAUUAUCGUCUGCAUGACAGUUAAGGAAUUAAAUGACCGAUUUAAACACAAAAUCCCAAUCCCUAUUCCUAUAGAAGUAAUUGUGACAAUAAUUGCUACUGCCAUUUCAUAUGGAGCCAACUUGGAAAAAAAUUACAAUGCUGGCAUUGUUAAAUCCAUCCCAAGAGGGUUUCUGCCUCCUGCUGUCCCACCGGUGAGCUUGUUUUCUGAAAUGCUGACGGCAUCAUUUUCCAUUGCUGUGGUGGCUUAUGCUAUUGCAGUGUCUGUAGGAAAAGUAUACGCCACCAAGUAUGAUUACAACAUCGAUGGUAAUCAGGAAUUCAUUGCCUUUGGGAUCAGCAACAUCUUCUCAGGAUUCUUCUCCUGUUUUGUGGCCACCACUGCCCUGUCUCGCACCGCUGUCCAGGAGAGCACUGGGGGAAAGACACAGAUUGCUGGCAUCAUCUCAGCUGCGAUUGUGAUGAUCGCCAUUGUUGCCCUAGGGAAGCUUCUGGAACCUUUGCAGAAGUCGGUCUUGGCAGCUGUUGUAAUCGCCAACCUGAAAGGGAUGUUUAUGCAGGUGUGCGACGUUCCUCGUCUGUGGAGGCAGGAUAAGAUUGAUGCUGUUAUCUGGGUGUUUACAUGCAUAGCAUCCAUCAUUCUGGGGCUGGACCUUGGUUUAUUAGUUGGCCUUGUAUUUGGACUAUUUACUGUGGUCCUGAGAAUUCAGUUCCCUUCAUGGAAUAGCCUUGGAAGCAUCCCUAACACAGACAUCUACAAAAGUAUCAAGAAUUACAAAAAUAUUGAAGAACCCGAAGGAGUGAAGAUUCUUAGAUUUUCUAGUCCUCUCUUUUAUGGCAACAUUGAUGGUUUUAAAAAAUGUAUCAAGUCCACAGUUGGAUUUGAUGCCAUUAGAGUAUAUAAUAAAAGGCUAAAAGCAUUGAGGAAGAUACAGAAACUCAUCAAAAAAGGACAAUUAAGGGCAACAAAGAAUGGCAUCAUAAGUGAUGCUGGCUCAUCAAAUAAUGCUUUUGAGUUUGAUGAAGAUGUCGAAGAUCCAGAAGAACUUGAUAUCCCAACCAAGGAAAUAGAGAUUCAAGUGGAUUGGAACUCUGAACUUCCAGUCAAAGUGAAUGUUCCUAAAGUGCCCAUCCACAGCUUUGUGCUUGAUUGUGGAGCUAUAUCUUUCCUGGAUGUUGUUGGAGUGAGGUCAUUACGAAUGAUUGUCAAAGAAUUCCAAAGAAUUGAUGUAAAUGUGUACUUUGCAUCACUUCAAGAUCAUGUGAUAGAAAAGCUGGAACAAUGUGGUUUCUUUGAUGAUAACAUUAGAACGGACAUACUCUUUUUGACUGUCCAUGAUGCUAUACUCUAUCUACAGAACCAGGUUAAAUCCCAAAAGGGUCAAGAUUCCAUUUUAGAAGCGAUCACCCGCAUUCAAGACUGUAAAGAUUCUCUUGAAUUAAUGGAAAAAGAGCUGACUGAAGACGAACUUGAUGUCCAGGAUGAGGCUAUGCGUAGACUUGCUUCCUGAAAGCAGGCUAAGGAGGUCACUAUGGGCAAGGACUGCAAAACAAAAUGUACUCACCAAAUGUCAUUCUAUGCAAAUGUUUUCUGCAUUGACUAUUUCUUCAGGCUUGAAACACUCAUUCUUCUAUUAUAUUUUUUUAGAUCUUUGACUUUUUUACCCUCUUAGCCAUUCAAAGAGAAGCACUAAGAUUGUUUCUAGGCUUUAUUUAUAAAAUAAACAGCUGACCUCUAAAAUGUGCAAGAUGAUGAGAAUUAUCUAGGUGAUUUAGCAAUGUACAGGAUCUGCCCAUGUUAUCAUAUGCUGCUGAUCCCCCGUGACAGACUUGCCAACAAUGUCCACAUGGAUGCCUCUUCUGUUCAGUUGAGUAAGUGCUGACCCAACAGCCUCUUUGGGUAGGUGAGUCAGGAAUGACUAAUGAUAAAGAAAAAUCAGUUUCUAACUGACUUUGAUAUCCAUGAGCUGCAUUGAUCACGGUCUACAGUCACAUUCAGUUAAUGCUGAAAUAUAAUUACUAAUGCAUUUAUCAAUAAAAGCUUUCAAAAAUGA